AUGUUACAACUUGUUGCACUCCACAACCUCGAAAAGUCGGAAGAGGGAAAGCUCAAAACGACAUUCUUUGGACAACAGAUUGUGUGGCAAGAUGCAAUAGGAACAUUUGGCCUGGGUGUGAACUGGGUACAGAACUACGCCAGAUAUGCACUCAAAGAUGUCCCCUAUGCGCCGAUCGCCAUGGCUGCCGUUGGCCUCCUUAUUCCUUUGUUGACCGGACCACUCAUGGCCGAUAGCGAAAACCACCAAGGUCUUCUGUACGUGGUGUCGCAGAUCAAAUACUACAUCAAGAUGGAAGCGUUGAUGCUGCCAGAAUGCCUAGAUGCAGGGGUGAGGACAGAGCUGAGAGAGCAUGUGAGAAGCUUAUACACACUCGUGAUCGACUUUCAAAUACAGAGUGUGCUAAGAUUCGACCGCAGCCCUUUAAAGAACUAUUUCGGCAGCGUGGUGGAUUACGACGGCUGGGGCACCCGGUUGGAAAUGAUCAAAGAGACGGAACAGACACUCAGAGAAAAUAUGCAACAAGCUGCAUCUUGGACAGUUGUGCAAGAGCUCGAGAGCCUGAAACAGGAAGCUCAACAUUCACGAAAGUCCCUCGGGGAAAUCGCCCACCAAACACAGAAAAUCGCCCAGCACAUGUCUGAUGCCGAGUUCCGUCGCUGCCUAGACACACUCAAAGCCACUGGCUUUGAGCUGGACAAAGAGAGCAUCCAGGACUUCAAGGGCGGCCUCCUCAAGGAUUCAUAUCAGUGGGUGGUUCAAAAUCACGACUUCAAAAGAUGGAUUUCUGCCACCUCCGGUCAACUUCUUUGGAUCAGAGGCGAUCCGGGCAAAGGAAAGACGAUGCUUCUCUGUGGUAUCGUCGAUGAGCUUUCUCGCAUGGCCAAGCAUGGCACCAACAUUGCUUUUAUCUUUUGUCAAGCGAACAAGGAAACUCGCAACAAUGCAUCUGCGGUUUUGCGAGGCCUCAUAUACAUGCUUGUGAGGCAGCAGCCCUCACUGAUAAGUUUUAUCUCCGAGGAGUCUUUCAGCGGCGACAAUGCUUGGUUUGCACUUCAGAGAGCCUUUAUCAACAUCCUGAAUAGCCCUGAGUUGCGGGCAACUUACCUGGUUAUUGACGGGCUUGACGAAUGCAUAGAAGGUCGCCAGUCCCUUCUAAAGCUCCUUGUCAAUCACUCGUCCGCUCAUGCAAAUGUGAAAUGGGUCGUAUCGAGUCGAAAUUGGCCCGAGAUUGAGCAAGAUCUGGACCAAGCAACCGAGAUGAAACUCCAUCUCGAGUUGAACGAAGACGUGCUAUCAAAUGCCAUUCGCUCAUUCAUCGAAUACAAAGUCGACAACUUACGUUCCAAGAAAAGAGACAAGCCAGAGAUUUGGAAAGCCGUUCAAGACUACCUGCUCGAGAACGCGAAGGGCACCUUCCUUUGGGUCGCUUUAGUUUGGAAGCAUCUCACCGAAGUGCCCUGGUGGAAGGUUCGAGAGAAGCUCAAAGAGUUCCCUCCGGGUCUUGACAAGAUCUACGAGCGCAUGAUCGGUCAGAUCACAAGAUUGGAAGAUGCUGAUCUCUACAAGUCUGUCCUGAGAGUGAGCACAACCGUUCUUCGCCCCAUCACACUGGACGAGAUGAUGAUCUACGUUGAAGUGCCCGAGGACUCGAUCGAAGUACUCGAAGAUGUUGUACGGGGUUGUGGCUCGUUCUUGUCACUCCAAGGCAAUACUGUUCUCUUAGUUCAUCAGUCUGUGAAAGAUUUCCUUCUUACACGAGCUUCUGGUGAGAUACUUCCCCAGGGCAAAGAAAGCGCACAACACCACAUCUACGCAGCAUCUAUACGCCUUCUCAAAGAAACUUUACGGCGUGAUAUCUAUAAGUUGGGUGCGCCGGGUUAUCCAGUUGAGCAGAUAAAGCCGCCUCGUUCAGAUCCGCUACUUGCAGUACGUUAUGCAUGCUCUCAUUGGAUUGAUCAUCUUCUUCUUUGCAAUGAUGAACUUCUCAAGAUAGAGUUUCAAGAAGGAGGUAUGGUGGACACUUUCCUGGAACAGAACUACCUCCACUGGUUAGAGGCCAUGAGCAUCUUGAAGAGUCUUCCUGUUGCGAUCAAGUCCGUACGGAAUCUUGAAAAGUUUCUCGAGGUAUUUGCCUAUCAAUCCUACUGGGAAUAUUGA